CCCACCCCGCCCCCCAAUCCCGGGAUAAACCGAGGAAGUUCAACAAAGGGUGGAGGCCGGGCUAAACUGGAGGCCGCCUUCGGGGCGAGCUGGGGUCGGGGGUGGGGUUUGCCACGAGUUUCUCUUUAAAAGCACAGGGGCGGAAAGCUUGCCCCGACUGUAACGCGCGCCUCCCGGCAUUUUCCCCGGCUUCUCGGCGGGCGGGCCCUAGGCGAUCGGCGUGGAGAGGGGCCCCCGCUGAGAGCCCAGUCCCAGCCCGGCCACCACGGAGCCCAGCUGCCAAAAAGUUCUUGCUGCCACCCGCCACCUCCCCUCUGCACAGGACAAGGAUGGAGAUCCAUUUUGGCUUCUGCCUCUAUGGCUGUGUGGCGCUGCUUGUCUUGCUGCCCUCCCUGAGCCAGGCGCAGUACGAGAGCUGGCCCUACCAGCUCCAGUACCCUGAGUACCUCCAGCAGCCAGCUCCCGAGCACCACCAGCGGCAGGUGCCCUCCGACGUGGUCAAGAUCCAGGUCCGCCUGGCGGGCCAGAAGAGGAAACACAAUGAGGGCCGUGUGGAGGUCUAUUAUGAAGGCCAGUGGGGCACCGUGUGUGACGAUGAUUUCUCUAUCCAUGCUGCCCACGUUGUCUGCCGGGAAGUGGGCUAUGUGGAGGCCAAGUCCUGGACUGCCAGCUCUUCCUACGGCCCAGGAGAAGGCCCCAUCUGGCUGGACAAUAUCUACUGCACUGGCAAAGAGUCGACCCUGGCAGCUUGCUCCUCCAAUGGCUGGGGUGUCACUGACUGCAAGCACACUGAAGACGUUGGUGUGGUGUGCAGUGAAAAAAGAAUUCCUGGCUUCAAAUUUGACAAUUCGUUGAUCAACCAAAUAGAGAGCCUAAAUAUCCAGGUGGAAGAUAUCCGCAUCCGGCCUAUCCUUUCUGCCUUUCGCCAUCGCAAGCCUGUGACAGAGGGCUACGUGGAGGUGAAGGAGGGUAAGGCCUGGAAGCAGAUCUGCAACAAGCACUGGACAGCCAAGAAUUCCCACGUGGUCUGUGGCAUGUUCGGCUUCCCCGCAGAGAAGACCUACAACCCCAAAGCCUACAAAACCUUUGCCUCAAGGAGGAAGCUGCGUUACUGGCCAUUUUCUAUGAACUGCACGGGCACCGAAGCACACAUCUCCAGCUGCAAGCUGGGCCCUUCGGUGUCCCGCGACCCUGUGAAGAACGCCACCUGUGAGAGCGGGCAGCCAGCUGUGGUCAGCUGCGUGCCUAGCCAGAUCUUCAGCCCUGAUGGACCCUCAAGGUUCCGGAAAGCCUACAAGCCAGAGCAGGACCAUGUGUCUCUCCAGCAACCCUUGGUGCGUCUGAGAGGUGGAGCCCAGGUCGGGGAGGGCCGAGUGGAGGUGCUCAAGAAUGGAGAAUGGGGAACCAUCUGUGAUGACAAGUGGGACCUGGUAUCGGCCAGUGUGGUCUGCAGAGAACUGGGCUUCGGGACUGCUAAAGAGGCUGUCACAGGCUCCAGACUGGGGCAAGGGAUUGGGCCCAUCCACCUCAACGAGGUCCAGUGCACAGGGACCGAGAAGUCCAUCAUAGACUGCAAAUUCAACACGGAGUCUCAGGGCUGCAACCACGAGGAAGACGCUGGAGUGCGAUGCAACAUCCCCAUCAUGGGCUUCCAGAAAAAGGUGCGCCUGAAUGGAGGCCGCAAUCCCUAUGAGGGCCGAGUGGAGGUGCUAACAGAGCGAAAUGGGUCCCUUGUGUGGGGGACUGUAUGCGGCCAGAACUGGGGCAUUGUGGAAGCCAUGGUGGUCUGCCGGCAGCUAGGCCUGGGCUUUGCCAGCAACGCCUUCCAGGAAACCUGGUACUGGCAUGGAAAUAUCUUCGCCAACAAAGUGGUCAUGAGUGGGGUGAAGUGCUCAGGGACAGAGCUAUCCCUGGCACACUGCCGACAUGACGAGGAGGUGGCUUGCCCCGAUGGCGGGGUACAGUUCGGUGCUGGAGUCGCCUGCUCAGAAACUGCACCUGACCUGGUGCUUAACGCUGAGAUUGUCCAGCAGACUGCCUACCUGGAGGACAGGCCCAUGGCCUUGCUGCAGUGUGCCAUGGAGGAGAACUGCCUCUCAGCCUCCGCUGUGCACACCGACCCCACCAGAGGCCACCGUCGCCUUCUACGCUUCUCCUCCCAGAUCCACAACAAUGGCCAGUCUGACUUCCGCCCCAAGAAUGGCCGCCAUGCAUGGAUCUGGCAUGACUGCCACAGGCACUACCACAGCAUGGAAGUAUUCACUUACUAUGACCUGCUGAGCCUCAACGGCACCAAGGUGGCUGAGGGCCACAAGGCCAGCUUCUGCUUGGAGGACACUGAGUGUGAGGGAGACAUUCAGAAGAGUUACGAAUGCGCCAACUUCGGAGAACAAGGCAUCACCAUGGGCUGCUGGGACAUGUACCGCCAUGACAUCGACUGCCAGUGGAUAGACAUCACCGAUGUGCCCCCUGGGGACUACCUGUUCCAGGUUGUCAUUAACCCCAACUAUGAGGUGCCAGAAUCAGAUUUCUCUAACAACAUCAUGAAGUGCAGGAGCCGCUAUGAUGGCUACCGCAUCUGGAUGUACAAUUGUCACGUAGGUGGAGCCUUCAGUGAGGAGACAGAACAGAAGUUCGAACACUUCAGUGGACUUCUAAAUAAUCAGCUCUCUGUGCAGUAAAGAAGAUCCUGGGCCAGGCAUGAUGGAUGGCUCAUGCCUGUAAUCCCUACACUCGGACUGAGGCAGGAGGAUUGCCACAAGAUUUCCACUCUGGACAUUAGACCAAGCUUCAGUUUUCAAAGAAAGGAAGAAAGGAAGGAAGGAAGGAAGGAAGGAAGGAAGGAAGGAAGGAAGGAAGGAAGGAAGGAAGGAAAAAUGACUUAAUGGUCACUUACUGACUCCUGGGGGAAUACUGAUUGCCACCUCUUUGCUAGCCAGAUCCAGCUGAGAAGAAAGGUACUCAUUCACUCCCCAGACACUGCUGCAUGUCCCUGUCCCGAGGCUUUAGGGGCGGGGCUCAGGCACAUGGCCAUGAGAACUUGAUGACAAGUUUGAGCAGCUUACCCCAUCCGAGCUUUGGCACAACCCAAGGGUGACGUCACCGUGUGCUGCAUAGGUGGGCCAUCUUCUUCUGGGAACACGGCAGGUAUGAACUCAGCAACUGCAGAGGUGGUCAAGCCGAAUUCCGUUUUUCCCCCUUCUUAGGUCAUUUCUGGAAAACUUGAAUAUCAAGACCUCUGUAUUAAGUUUUUUUUUUCUUCUCAUUUGUACAAACUGCUUGGCAAAAAUCAACUUGAGGAAGGAAGGCUUUGUGUGAGCUCGUGGUUUGAGGAACCAAUCCGUAGUGGCAAAGAAGGCAUCGCAUCAGGAGCAGGAGGUGUCUGGUUCCAAAAUUCACUAUAUAGCUGAGGAUGACCUUGAACCUCCGAGCCUCCCGCUUCCCUCUCCAGAGUGCUGGGGAUCGAACCCAGGACUUCACACCGUAAGGCAAUGUGCUUUCUAUCAGUUGUAGCUGCUUUCUGAGCACUUACCUUUCUCAGUUGCUUUAAGCGUGUAUGUACGUGUUCUUUGCCUUGCCAAGCUGCACAUUUUCCUGUGUCUCUCUGCUCCACUUGCUCAUUUUUGACUGUAGGUCUGAGUGAGAGCAGUGAACAGAAGCAUAGCACAGCCCGAAUGCCAGCCUGUCUUAAAACGUCCUCCGCCGCCGCCGAGCAAAUUCGUCCAUCAUUCUUGAGUUAAGACUCACUCGAGGGCUCGGAACACAGGCAGGAUGCGGCUGGAUUCUUGCCAGGGUGUAACACGACUGGCAAGUUCAGUUCCAGAUAGACAAGAGAUAGUCCUUGGUUCUCACUGAAACCUCAGGUACCAGGCCUCCACUGCCCACCUUCCUCUUGGCGUCCUGGUCUUCCAAACUCGCACCCAUUCAGCUCUGCUCUCAGGGCUCCAGGGCUUUUGGACCCAAAGUUUUAAGCUCUUCCAGAUUCCUCCCUCAAGCCUACUCCCGAAGCUCAAGUACUCCACGACCGCACGUCUCACCUCAGUGAUCGGUGAUCAGUCACAGUUCUAAUCUUCUGUAUUAUACUUGACAAAAACAGCUUAAGGGAAGGCUACUUUUUGGCUUAUAGUUCCAGAGUCCAGUCCCUCGCAGCAGGAAAGGCAUGGCGGCAGGAGCAGCUGGCCACGUUGCAUCCACAGUCAGGAAGCGGAAUGAGGAAAGCAUGGGCUAAGUUUGCUUUCACCUUUCUAUUCAGCCUACAACCCCAGCCCGUGGAAUGGUGCUACUGGUGUCUAGGGUGGGCCUUCCCUCUUCUGUUAAAGCUCUUCUGGAGGCACCGCCAUAGACCCACCCGGGGGUGCUUCCAUAGUGGUUCUAAAUCCCAUCUAGGUGAUAAUCAAGAUUAUCUAUAACAACCUCUUCCAGUUAAACCGACAUCUGUAGUCCAUGCAUUUAUAGCCACAACUUAAAGUACAAUAGCAAGGCAUACAUCCCAAGGCUUCAAGGGAUGACCGAAGCCUUGGAUGGUUCUGAGACAGGAUAGGAAGAGAAGAUCAUUGGGGAACAUGCAAGGGGCCCUUCACCUCAGAGUCUGGCUUUUGUCAGCUGAGAAUCCCAACACAGAUAUAACAUUGUGAAUGGUGCUAAUAUAGGGACAGUAUUCAAUUUUGUUUAUUUAUAUACGAUUAUAGAUAUUUCAAGUAAGAAUGUUAAAAUAGCAAGGAAUUAUGCUUAAGGCCAAAUUAUAAAUGGUCUUUUUUCUUUCCUAGCUGUAAACAUACAAUUUCCUACAACUUUGCCAGAAACCCCAUUUACAAAAAAAAGGCAUAUCUCAAGAUCCCUAUGCUACCCUUAUGACCCAUGGUUUUGUCUUAGCCGGGCUCAGUCCUAUCCAAGGGACCUCUAGAGCCACCUUAUAAUCUUACUAUCAAAAGGGGGAAGAGAUUGGGGGUGGGACUUAGAGACCAAUGAAGCAAUACCAAAGGCUUUGGGACUCCUGUGUGUAGCUAGUUAUCGGCACGUAAGGACUCUUGUCCUUUGGGAAGCCCACACCUCAGCUCUCAGGUGGCCCUUACCCGUUCCCUGAGCGACCCGUGUAACUUAAAUUUAUAUUUAAAAUAUUUUAAAUAAACGUUUAACUCUCUGCUUCA